CGCAUGCAUGCAUAUGCAGUGCACAUGACCUUUCAUGUACUGGAUGCAACAGCUAUGUACAAAUAGUGUUCGUUUCAGUCAGGUGUUGAAUCUGGUGUUAUUCCAGGUAUUUUUAUUGCAUCAUCUUAUCAGUUGUCAAGCCUGACACUGAGGUCCAUGAUGGCUCCCGAGUAUGAGUCGGUGUCUCAGCCGAUUGGAAUCUACGGCUGGCGGAAGCGAUGUCUGUACGCCUUCAUCCUCUUCCUCAUGGUCGUUGUCAUCAUGAACCUGUCACUCACCGUCUGGAUCCUCCGAGUCAUGAACUUCUCCAUUCAUGGCAUGGGCAGUCUGAGAAUAAUUCCAAAAGGCAUCAGAGUUGAAGGGGAGUCUGAAUUUUUAAGAUCUGUAUAUGCACAUGAAAUCAAAUCAAAAGAGGGGCAGCCAUUGUAUAUAGAAUCUCGUGAAGCUCUCAGGUUGCAGGCUAUAAACAAAUCCAACAAAGUGAAAAGUAGUUUAGUUUUAGAGGAUGAUAAGAUAGAAGUUAAGUGUGGAACUUUUGAAGUAAAAGAUACCGAUGGUAAAAUGCAAUUCAAGGUCACAAAUGAUGAAGUUGUUAUAGGCCUGGAUGAGGUUGUAUAUCCUGAGGGCGUGACGUUUAAGGGCUCUGUGGAAACUCCCAGUUUAAGAGGACCAAUUUCAGAAGAUUUAGUGGUGGAGUCAGAAGAACAUGCUGUUCGUGUGUCAGGGUUUGGGGGUGUUGAGAUCCGGGCUCCGGCUGGAGACGUCAGCUUUGAGAGCUCAGACAGCAUCCGACUGCAGGCAACAACGGGAUCUAUAUAUAUGGACUCUAGCAAAAUUUAUAUAAAAAACAUACAACAAGCAAAUGUGGGAGGUACAAGCUAUCCAAAUGUAUAUCAACUGUGUUUGUGUGAAAAUGGCCGAGUCUUUCUGUCGGAACCAGCAGGAGACUGCCAGGCUACAAACGAUAUCUGUGGCAGCUAGUGAACAUGUACCAUUACACUUCAUAUUUAUUUCAUAUGUCUUCAUUCAUCCGUCUUCAGUCAUUCAUCGAGUUAUAAAUGUUGUAAAUAAAAAUAUUAGCAAUUUUAUGAGACCAUAGUAGAAGUAAUGGUGUAUUUAAUAUUUGUAUUAGAAACUAGAACUGGAAUAGCAAUUAGCAGCUGAAGGAAUUUUAAUGUACCCAUGAUCUUCACAUUUUGCAGCCCCCGUCCAAGAAAAUAAAGACAGUGAAAUGUAGUGAAAGUCCUCUGUAAACUGAAAUUGCCUCAAAACUGGAUGUAUUUCACAGUCCCCAAUUUUUAAAUAGAAUAAAACAUCUGAACUGGAUACUUCUAAUCUUAAAACCAGACUUCUUACUUGAUACUAUGGGUGUCCGGUUUAUUGAGUUUUACUGUAAUUGUAAUUUCAAAUAUUUUAAAUUGGCAUUCCUGCUAAAUUAAUUAACACAUGAAUAUGAGACGCCUCUAGUGGCAUGUCAUUAUUCUAAUUUGGCAGGUAGUGGGUGAUAUCCAAUAGUUGUUAAUGUUUCAGUCACUGAUAUUUUGAAACAUUAACAUUGUCACUAUUUAACUGGACUAGUAUUAUAAACUAGCUGAUCUCAUGAUAUUAUGUCAGUGGCGGAUCCAGAAAAUCCAAUGACAUGAGGUGGAAUGCCAAUGGAACUUUGGGGGAGGUUUGGAGAGGAUCGUAAAAAAAUAAAAUAAAUUAAUAUAAAAUGAUCUACCUCUGUAUGUUGUUAAUGAGAUUCACUAAAUAUUAAAGCCACCGACUCUGUUUUACAUGGCAUUAGUUUUUACCUACUACAAACACCAGGACAACCAGAAAUAUGGUGAAUUUGCUAAAACUGAUCAUUUAAGCAAAAAGUUUAUUAAAUGUGUGUUAGCAGUAAAAAAAACUAAAACUUAUAAAUAAGACCAGCGUCUUUAAGAUUGUUUGUAUUUCAUGAUUCACAGUGUAUUAAUCACCAGUGGAAUUUUUAAUUUUGUUUCUAGAAUUUUUAUUUUAUAAUAUUUUGUUGUUUAGGAAUUUCUAAUCAGUGUGUUUGAACAUACAUAUACUUCAACAUAAGUACAGGGCUCGAACUUAAGAAAUUGUUACCUACGGCAAUUUUAAACAUAAUUUUUGCAACAAAUAAAAUAAAAAUAAAACAUUAUCACUUCAACUGAUGGCAAUAAUGUUUUAGUUUUUUUUGUCAAGCAGCAAAAAACUGCCAUUGGUAAAGUCUUGGCCUACAACAAUUCAUACCACAACUACAAGUUCGAGCCCUGCUGUAGAUUUUUUGUUUGUUUGUUUUGUUUUUAAUUUUAAAUGUAUUUUGCAUACGACUACAAUAUUGUUUUAUGUGUAGACCUAUCAUUUUUAAUCUGAUAUUAGUAAGCUUUAAUGUGGUUAUUUUAGGUAUGCAUAUGAGCAACAAAUCAUUGAAAUAUUUAUGAUGUAUAUAUAACUUGAUGUUUUAAAUAUAAUUUUGACAGAUGGUGUUUCACAAUCAUCUUAAUUUUUAUAAUUUUAUAUUGGUCUUCAGCUUGUUUCAACCUUAAAGAAGAGUUAACUUGCAUAUAAAGACAUGCUAAAAACCACAUCCGUACAUUUAUCUUGUAUAUAGAGGCCACCUCUUCACAAUGGUUAAACACUUCAUUACCACCAACCUUUAUGAAUAUGUUUAACUAUAUUCAAGCAUCCUAUUAGCUUUCCAAUUGAAAUUACACGUUUCAGACCUCGUCUUAAAAAAUAUCGGGCACAUGUAAUCUAAUUGAGCUGAAAAAAAUUAUGUAUUUAAUGUAAAAUAAAUUGUAAUAAAUUGCUACCGAUAUUAAUUAUUAAUUGGUUCAAGAUGUUUCAUUUAAAACCAGGGCUUUAUUUACAAAAAAUACCAUCAUUUCAGUUUAGUGCCCAUUGUGUCUAUCUGUAUAAAAUCCUAUAUUAUUGUGCCCCUGUGUAAUGUUUUAAUUUUGUUGUUGUUGCUCUUCCAGUUAUUUUUAGCUAGGUAUUUCCAACAACCUAGAACAUUAAUAUUUAAACAUCAACAUUGUGAGAACACAAUUAUGCACAGUAAUCAUUCAUGACUUAUCCUAGAACAGAAAACUGUUUAUUACCCAUACUGGCAGAGAGAAAUAGGGGAAAAAAGUGAUCUUUCCUUAGUGGCCCCCCCCCCCCCCCCCCCCAUUUCUUUCCCUGGAUAUGUAUUUAUGUCAUAAUCAGUGCUUCACUAUAUGUUUUGACGUCACAACUGUUAGCUGAUAAUUUUAGUGCGUGCAGCCAUUAGUUAAGUGCAAGUGUAAUGGCUGUCAUGUCAACAACUUACUUCAUCAACUAAGCUGCAACACUGUCUAUUGUUCUCAACUUGCAAACUUGUUUUCAAUAACAGUAUCAUUUGAAAAUCUUACAUAAAAUUAUAAAGUGAAUUGAUGUUGCAGUUCUUGAGCCUUUGAUGAGGGAAGGACAACAUCAAUUCACUCUUGCAAAAUAAACAGUACUGCCUCGUAGCUCGUUGAGUAUUCUCUAAAUACAGUGAUGGUCAAUAGAUGAAUUAGAUAAUUCUGUGUACUUACAUGUGUUUAAAUAUUUUUAAAACAAUUAUACUAUGUGAAAUGGCAAACAGAAUUAUGAAAACCAUGAGUUAUGAUGUCAAUUGUUGUAAAGCACGAGUUAUGAUGUCACAUGUAUCUAGAAAUCGUCUAGCCCUCGGGUCAGACAGAUUUAUCUAGCCCUAAGGUCAGACAGAUUUUUCUAGCACCGUGCAAAAGCUGGAUAACCCUGUCCAGUGGUCAAGAAUAGAAAGUAUUAAAAGCCAUAUUACGGUAUGUCUCAACGUUUUGGAUAAAGUAUAUAUAGUGGCA